AUGGCCUAUAGGGUCCUGGGCCGCGCGGGGCCACCUCAGCCGCGGAGGGCGCGCAGGCUGCUCUUCGCCUUCACGCUCUCGCUCUCCUGCACUUACCUGUGUUACAGCCUCCUGUGCUGCUGCGACGACCUGGGCCAGAGCCGCCUCCUGGGCGCCCCCCGCUGUCUCCGCGGCCCCAGCGCGGGCGGCCCGAAACUUCUCCAGAAGUCCCGCCCUUGUGAACCCCCGGGGCCCACGCCCAGCCCGCCAGCCGCCGCCGUGCCCGCCCCUCGCCUCUCCGGUUCCAACCACUCGGGCUCCGCGAAGCUGGGGACCAAGCGGCUGCCCCAAGCGCUCAUUGUGGGCGUGAAGAAGGGGGGCACCCGGGCCGUGCUGGAGUUUAUCCGCGUGCACCCCGACGUACGGGCCUUGGGCACCGAGCCCCACUUCUUCGACCGGAACUACGGCCGCGGGCUGGACUGGUACAGGAGCCUGAUGCCCCGGACCCUCGAGCGCCAGAUCACGCUGGAGAAAACCCCCAGCUACUUCGUCACUCAGGAGGCCCCUCGACGUAUCUUCAACAUGUCCCGAGACACCAAGCUGAUCGUGGUGGUGAGGAACCCGGUGACCCGCGCCAUCUCCGAUUACACCCAGACGCUGUCCAAGAAGCCGGACAUCCCUACGUUCGAGGGCCUCUCCUUCCGCAACCGCACGCUGGGCCAGGUGGACGUGUCCUGGAACGCCAUCCGCAUCGGCAUGUACGCGCUGCACCUGGAGAGCUGGCUGCGCUACUUCCCCCUGGCUCAGAUCCACUUCGUCAGCGGCGAGCGGCUCAUCACGGACCCGGCCGGCGAGAUGGGGCGCGUCCAGGACUUCCUGGGCAUUAAGAGGUUCAUCACGGACAAGCACUUCUACUUCAACAAGACCAAAGGAUUCCCUUGCUUGAAAAAAACAGAAUCGAGCCUCCUGCCUCGAUGCCUGGGCAAAUCGAAAGGCAGAACUCAUGUACAGAUCGAUCCGGAAGUGAUAGACCAGCUCCGGGAAUUUUAUAGACCUUAUAAUAUUAAAUUUUAUGAAACUGUUGGGCAGGACUUCAGGUGGGAGUAAGCACAAAGAGGAAGGCCCUUCCGCCGUCUCCUCCGGGGGGUUGGCUCUUAGAGCCUGUGAUCCUCUUCUCCCAGCCACCCCUGCUCCAGCCUCCCGGAACCCGAAGCCCAGGGAAGGGCCCCCUCCACUAGAUCUCCCCGUUCUGUCCAGGCAAAGUUGAUGUGCUGCUGGCAUGUCUGGUCAAUUGUGAAUCAUUUCCCUUCAGCCCAUAAGAAGCCUUGGGAAAUUACUUUAAGAGGAGUGGAUCUUCUGAUAAUGAUAGAUAUUAUAAGUGGUGAUGGUUCUGUUGCUAUGAACACAGCAGUCUGUCCCUGUCACUGUCCACCCCGGAGCGGGCUUGUUAAUUCCGGGUAGCAUGUACCUCUCCUCAGAGCUUAACUCUCCAGAGCCGCCCCAGGUGGUGGGAUGGGAGUCCGUUCUUGGCCUCCCGACCUUAGCAGGUCAUGGAGAGAUUGCAGAGCAGGAAGCACCCCCUGGCUACAUCCAGGAGACAGACCCUUUGAUGAUGAAAUAAACCAGAGAUUUCAAAGCCAGUGGUCUCCAUUCUGCUUGGAGGGUAACUGUCUUUGAAAACUACUUUGUGACUCUCCCUGCUCCCUAUGGACAAAAGCACAUAAUUCUGCUGUUACGGGUACUUUCCUCACGCGAGCUUUCAUGUUCAGCAUGCGACAGAAUCAUGCUUGUCCAUGUGAAAUAAAUAUGGCUCUCUUGUGUCCUUAA